AUGGCCCACCGGGGUGGGGAGAGGGACUUCCAGACUUCUGCCCGGCGCAUGGGCACCUCGCUGCUCUUCCAGCUUUCAGUGCACGAGCGGGAGCUGGACCUGGUUUUUCUGGAUCAUAGCUAUGCCAAGCCAUGGAGUGCCCACCCAGAUGCCAGUAGUGCUCGCCCCACCCGCAUGCUCUUUGUGACUCCCCGGAGGCAACAUGAAAGUAACAUUGAAUCAGACGUCCCAAUAGAUGUGGAGACAGUCACAUCAACCCCUGUGCCGCUCUACGACAAUCAGAAGGCACGCAGUGUGAUGAACGAGUGUGAACGGCAUGUCAUCUUUGCCAGGACCGAUGCAGAUGCUCCUCCUCCACCAGAGGACUGGGAGGAGCAUGUCAACAGGACUGGUUGGACAAUGGCCCAGAACAAGCUCUUUAACAAGAUCCUCAAAGCCCUGCAGUCUGACCGGCUUGCCCGCUUGGCCAAUGAAGGGGCUUGCAAUGAGCCAGUACUACGCCGUGUUGCUGUGGACAAGUGUGCGAGGAGAGUGCGGCAGGCUCUCGCAAGCGUGAGCUGGGACACCAAGCUGAUCCAGUGGCUGCAUACCACCCUGGUGGAGACCUUGAGUCUGCCCAUGCUGGCUGCCUACCUGGAUGCUUUGCAGACACUGAAAGGGAAGAUCCCUACUUUGAUUGACCGGAUGCUUGUGUCAUCUAACACGAAGACUGGGGCUGCAGGAGCUGAGGCCUUGUCCCUCCUGUUGAAAAGGCCCUGGGAUCCUGCUGUGGGGGUGCUUUCUCAUAACAAACCAAGCAAACUCCCUGGCUCUCCUCUCAUUCUCAUUGCGUCCUCUGGGCCUUCUAGCUCCGUGUUCCCCACCUCACGCCGCCACCGCUUCUGGCAAUCUCAGCUAUCCUGCUUAGGCAAGGUCAUCCCCGUAGCCACCCAUCUGCUGAACAAUGGUAGUGGAGUAGGAGUUCUGCAGUGUCUUGAGCAUAUGAUUGGGGCAGUGAGAAGCAAAGUGCUGGAGAUUCACAGCCAUUUCCCCCACAAACCCAUUAUCUUGAUUGGCUGGAAUACAGGAGCAUUGGUGGCCUGUCACGUGUCAGUGAUGGAGUACGUCACUGCAGUUGUCUGCCUUGGGUUUCCUUUACUUACUGUGGAUGGUCCCAGAGGGGAUGUGGAUGAUCCCCUCUUGGAUAUGAAGACUCCAGUCCUCUUUGUCAUUGGGCAGAAUUCCUUGCAGUGUCAUCCUGAAGCCAUGGAGGAUUUCCGGGAGAAGAUUCGAGCUGAGAACAGCUUGGUGGUAGUUGGGGGAGCUGACGAUAAUCUCAGAAUAAGCAAAACCAAGAAGAAAUCAGAGGGACUGACUCAGAGCAUGGUGGACAGAUGCAUUCAGGAUGAGAUCGUGGACUUUCUGACUGGAGUGCUCACUCGCACUGAAGGGCACAUGGGCUCCGAGCCUCGGGAUCAGGAUGCUGAGAAGAAGAAGAAGCCUCGGGAUGCAGCCCGCAGAGAUCUGGCCUUUGAGGUCCCUGAGCGGGGCAGUCGGCCUGCCUCACCAGCUGCCAAGCUUCCUGCCUCACCCUCAGGCUCAGAGGAUCUUUCCAGUGUGUCCAGCAGCCCCACUUCCAGUCCCAAGACCAAAGUGACCACAGUGACCUCUGCCCAGAAGUCCAGUCAAAUCGGGAGCUCUCAGCUCCUGAAGAGACAUGUGCAGCGGACAGAAGCUGUGCUGACCCACAAACAAGCCCAAGCACAGUUUGCUGCUUUUCUGAAACAAAAUAUGCUGGUGAGGAAAGCUCUUCCUCCCGGCACCUCCUCCUGUCUUUUUGUUCCCAUUUCAUCAGAACAAACGGAGGAGGCAGAGAAAGAGGAUCUUAGGGUCCAGCUGAAGCGCCACCAUCCUUCCAGUCCUCUUCCUGGCAGCAAGACCUCCAAGCGACCGAAGAUUAAGGUGUCCCUUAUCUCCCAAGGGGACACAGCUGGAGGGCCUUGUACUCCUUCCCAAGGAGGAGCUCCAGAAGUUUCGGGAGGGAAGCCCAUCACCAUGACGUUGGGGCAGGCUUCAGCAGGGCCCAAGGAGCUCACAGGGCUUCUCACCACUACCAAGUCAAAUGCUUCUGAAGGGGGAGUCUCAGCCAGCCCAGCCUCCUCAGUCUCCAGCAGCACUGCACCCAGUGCCUUGCAUACACUCCAGAGCCGCCUAGUGGCCACCUCUGCUGGCAGCUCCCUUCCAGGGGCUACAUCAGCCAGCAGCCUCCUUCAAGGUCUCAGCUUCAGCUUGCAGGAUAUCAGCAGCAAGACCUCUGGCCUCCCAGCAAAUCCUUCCCCAGGGCCAGCCCCACAGGCCACCAGUGUGAAGUUGCCCACCCCCAUGCAGAGCCUGGGUGCCAUCACCACGGGCACCAGCACCAUUGUACGUACCAUUCCUGUGGCCACCACACUCUCCUCCUUGGGUGCCACUCCUGGUGGGAAGCCCACAGCCAUCCACCAGCUGCUGACCAAUGGGGGCCUCGCUAAGUUGGCAAGCAGCCUCCCUGGCCUGGCUCAGAUCUCUAACCAAGCAUCAGGCUUGAAGGUCCCUACCACCAUUACUCUGACACUGCGUGGCCAGCCCAGCCGAAUCACUACACUGAGCCCCAUGGGCUCAGGAGCAGCCCCGUCAGAGGAGCCCAACUCCCAGGCGCUGCCCUCCAGCUCACAGAUGAGGAAGAGGAGAUUUAGCAUUCAUCACUUGCCCUACAAAGUGAGCGCCUACCUCCAGGACCCUGAAGAUGCCGUGUGA